CCAUGUUUACGGAAGUACAACAGUUAUGCUUUAGUGCAUGUUACUGGGACUAAAGAGUAAACCAAAGGGCAGUUUGACUACUGGACGUGUUUCUUCGUUUGUUAAUUUGUAUCUUUCUUUACGAACAUCACCUCUGCCGCGCUAGUGGCUUAAACAGAGGACACACAUGGCCCGACCUCUCCAGAUCCUCUACAGGAUCUGGUCUUCAUCCGUGGCUUCUUCAUUUUCUGUUCAUGGGGUCCGAUUUGCCAGCAGAGGUGCCAACAGGGCGUGGAUGGGACAGAGCCAUGAUCACAGAGCCAGAGCUUCUAGAUACAGCGACCAGAUGCCUGACGAUCAAUUUGGUCUGGAAGAUGUAGAGGACAAGCUCCAGACUGUGGUGGAUGAGGAGCGAAAGAGGCAGAAGACUGUGAAGUAUCACAUACUGAGAAGACAGAUGACUCCAUCAGGAGCUCCACAGAGGAAGCUUACCUGGGACGCUAUUGAGCAGAUAAGAUAUCUGAAGCAGGAACAACCAGAGGAAUGGACUGUUGAGCAUCUUGCUGAGGGCUUCUCCGUCAGCCCUGAUGUUAUCCUUAGAGUCCUCAGGAGCAAGUUUGUGCCCAGUCCUGAAAGAAAAGCCAAGCAGGACAUCAAAGUAAUGGCAGGACUGAGCCAGCAGGUGCUGCCUUCAGGUGCUGGGACAGGGUCAGACCAGCUGAAACUGCCAGGAAACUGCGCACAGGCUGUGCUCCCUUCUGGACGAGAAGAUGCAGUGGUUCCUGUGGCUGAUCGGACUUUAAUGCUUCAGUAUGGAAGCACGGAUGCAAAUAGUCUGGUUUCUUCUUCUGUUCUGCCCACUGAAGUCAGAGCUGGUAUUAAUAGAGACACCACUGUGACAACAUCUGAGACAAAUUCUGUACAGGAGGAUGAAGAAGAGGAGGAGGAGGGCUGGGAUGGAACUGUCUUUACAGAAGAAGAACUUGAACAGUAUAUUCACAUGGAAAAUCCCUCUCCUGCAGUGCAAGUUGGAAAUGACUUUUUCGACACAGAGGGCAAUUUUUUGUACAGAAUCUGAAGACUUACUGUGUUGGACUACCAGCUAAUCAUAUAUAACUCUCGAAAUAAAAGCAUCAUAUUUAUUCAUUAA